GAAGAAAAGGAAUAGAGGUAUCAUGCAGAUCUUCGUUAAGACGGCUGGCGGCCGGACGGUGGCCGUGCGCGUUUCCGCUGAGGAGACGGUGGCCUCGCUGCGGAACGCGGCAGGCGUCUCGCGGGGCAGCCUCUUCUUUGCCGGCGCAUGCCUGGAAGAAGAAGCGGGUUUGGCCUCCUUUGGCCUGGUCGCCGGCUCUACCGUGCAGGAAAUCGUUCCAGUGGAAGGUGGUAAGGGUAAGAAGAAAAAGAAACGUGUCUUCACGAAGCCGAAGAAGCCCACUCACAAACACAAGCUCGAAAAAAUGCGCGCGCUCAAAUACUUCAAGGUCAUCGAGAACGACGACGGCUCCUUUUCGGUGGAGCGAACUCGCCAGGAGUGUCCCCACCCACACUGCGGCGCCAGCAUUUUCAUGGCGCAGCACAAGGACCGCAAGUACUGCGGGAAAUGCCACCUCACCUACAAGGAGGAAAGCAAGUAAAGUAGUCAAAAAAAUAUCACUAGACUCAUGAUACUUUAACCAUUUUUCAGAUCAUUUUAUUUUUAUAAUUAAAUUUAAAAAA